ACAGCUAACAGCUCAGAAGAACCAGGGGAAGCUAACAGCUAACAGCUCAGAAGAACCAGGGGAAGCUAACAGAUAACCGCUCAGAAGAACCAGGGGAAGCUAACAGCUAACACAGGCAGUGAAAGUGUCGUCAGACGGACACUAACAUCUCACGAGCUUGUCUCCGUUAUCUCGGGUUAGCUCUGGUUAACCCGGGUGACUGUCGGACUGGUCCCCCGCUUAGCUGCGUUAAUGUCCCAGCUAACCGUCCACUGUUAUUCAUGUUAGCCUCGUUAGCCGGAUUCCAGCUGCUAGUUUGUGGUCAGUUGUUUUGUACAGAAGAAGCAGGCUAGCCAGAUAGCUAGCCUCUCUUUCUUUAAUCUAGCUAGCUGCUGGUUCAAGUCGUUAGCUGUAAUAACAGGGUAAUAACCGGGUUUUAAUCAUGUGUCGGAUUGUUGUGACCAUCGAGCCCGUUCCCGAAGCGACAUGUUGUUAAAACAGUCCAGUACUUUUAGCUAGCAGAGCUAGCCUUAGCUGUUAGCCAGCAGGAAUCCGAUUUCUUUGUUUGCUUCGGCAGCUGAUGGUUUAUGAUGUGAGCGCAGGUUAGCGCUGUUAGCUUAGUUAGCUGGUAGAUGAUAGACAGGACAGUCCGUUUGCUGGUUUAGGGUUGGUGUGUGUGUUAGCAGAUGCACAGCUAACAGAUUAACCAGUAAACACGGGUCUGAGAUCAGCGGACACUGCAGAGCGGAGUGAGGCUGACAUGCAGCUGUAGGUUCACCGGUCAGCACCGCUUCACACCCGGGAACCCGAGGAGGCAACAUGGCCCUGGGGUCAGCGUGGGUCGUCUACCUGCUCAUACUGUCAGGAUGCAUUGCAGCCUCUCAGAGGAGCGACAACGUCUAUGUAUCUGGAAUUUCAGACGCCUGCAGCGACGUGGCGGAGCUCCUGCGGGCGUCCAGCGGCAUCAUCACCAGCCCCGGUUGGCCCUUCCAGUAUCCAGCCAGACUGAACUGCAGCUGGAACAUCAGAGCUCGGCCUGGAGACACCAUCACCGUCAGUUUCCAGGACUUUGACCUCCAGGGUUCCCACCACUGCUCGUCGGACUGGAUGUCCAUCAGCAGCUACAGGAGCCUGGACGGACUGAGGGUUUGUGGUUCCUCGCUGCCCCCCCCCUACAUCUCGUCCCAGGACCACGUCUGGAUCCACUUCCACUCUGAUGACAGUCUGACAGGAAAAGGCUUCAGACUGUCCUACAUCACUGGUAAACCAGAGGCGUCCAGCUGUGAUGUGGACCAGUUCCACUGCUCUAACGGGAAGUGCAUCCCAGACUGGUGGCGCUGUAACUCCAUGGAUGAGUGUGGUGACAACUCAGACGAGGAGCUGUGUGUGGACUCGCCCUUCUCCUUCCAGCCCUGCAGCCUCAACCAGUUCCCCUGCCUGUCCCGCUACACCCGCAUCUACACCUGCCUGCCGCACAGUCUGCGCUGCGACGGCAGCAUCGACUGCCAGGACCUCGGAGAUGAGAUCGAUUGUGACGUUCCCACCUGUGGAGAAUGGUUGAGGAACUUCUACGGCUCCUUCAGUUCUCCAAACUACCCUGACUUCUACCCUCCAGGGAGUAAUUGCACCUGGCUGAUCGACACAGGAGACCAUAGGAAGGUCAUUCUGAGGUUCACAGACUUUAAGCUCGACGGAACAGGCUAUGGAGACUAUGUGAAAGUCUACGAUGGUCUCGAGGAGAACCCUCGCCGUCUGCUCAGGGUGUUGACUGCCUUCGACUCCAGGGCGCCGGUGGCUGUGGUUUCAUCUUCCGGUCAGCUACGAGUUCACUUCUACGCCGACAAGAUUAACGCUGCCCGAGGGUUCAACGUCACCUACCAGGUGGAUGGCUUCUGCCUGCCCUGGGAGGUUCCCUGUGGGGGGAACUGGGGCUGUUACACGGAGCAGCAGCGCUGCGAUGGCUACUGGCACUGUCCCAACGGUCGGGAUGAGCUGAACUGUUCUUCGUGUCAAGAGGACGAGUUUCCCUGUUCCAGAAACGGAGCGUGUUACCCUCGAUCAGACCGCUGCAACUACCAAAACCGCUGCCCCAAUGGUUCUGAUGAAAAGAACUGCUUUUUCUGCCAGCCGGGGAACUUCCACUGCAAGAAUAACCGCUGCGUGUUUGAGUCGUGGGUGUGCGACGCUCAGGACGACUGUGGAGAUGGAAGUGACGAGGAGAGCUGUCCCGUCAUCGUCCCCACCAGAGUCAUCACGGCUGCUGUCAUCGGCAGCCUCAUCUGUGGCCUCCUCCUGGUCAUCGCCCUCGGCUGCACCUGCAAACUCUACUCGCUGCGCAUGUUCGAACGCAGGUCUUUUGAGACUCAGCUGUCCAGAGUUGAGGCAGAGCUGCUGAGGAGGGAAGCCCCGCCCUCUUAUGGUCAGUUGAUCGCCCAGGGACUGAUCCCACCCGUGGAGGAUUUCCCAGUGUGCUCUGGGAGUCAGGCGUCUGUGCUUGAGAACCUCCGCCUGGCCGUGCGCUCUCAGCUCGGCUUCACCUCCCUCAGACUCCCGUCCUCCAGUCGCCACAGCAACCUGUGGCGCCGGCUCUUCACCUUCUCGCGGUCGCGGCGCUCCGGUUCUUUGGCUCUGGUCUCUGCUGACCUGGAGGACAGCGCAGGUACUGGUAGCACUGGGAGUUCUGGUUCAGAUCUGCUGUCUCCGGACUCGGACGAUACAGACACAGAGGGGGAGCGAGGGAGGGAGAGAGGUGUGGGUGCGGUGGGUGGGCCUGUGGCCCCCCUCCCUCAGAAGACCCCCCCUUCCACUGCUGUUGAGGCUGUGGUAUCCGUGACGACGUCGGCGACGCCUAUGACCCCUAUACCGGGCAGCGAAAGGUGUCGUGACCGGCCCAGAGAGGCUCCGCCCCCUUCCAGUCCUGUCACAAUGGCAACAUCCAAUCCAGAUCCUGAAUGUCACAGUGAUACCUCAGAGAUACAGGCCCCGCCCACCUCUGCCCUGCAGCGUCUGGCCCAGAACCUGCACCGUUUCGCUAGGAACCUGACGAGGACAAGUCAGAACCAACAGAACCAGACCUGGACCAAUCACAGCCCCCUCCAUCAGCUGGAGACAGGAAGACACGAGGCUGCUGAGCGACGAGGGAGCCGAGACGAGGACGAAGAUGUGGAGCUUCUCAUCCCUGUGUCCGACUCUGACUCCGCCUCCUCAUCGUUGAUCAGCGAUGUCCAUCAACCGCUGCUGGAACCACACCCCUCGUCCUCCACAGGCCACGCCCACCGUCCCCACAGAGGGCGGGAUGGCCCCUGUGAACACUGUGGGAUCGUCCACACGGCUCAGAUCCCUGACGCCUGUCUGGAGGCAACAGGCAAGAUGGAGAGCAGCGACGACGAGCUGCUGCUGCUCUGCUAACAUGCUAACUGACACGUCCAUACCACCAGUACUACCCUGACCCCUCAUCUAAAGUUAGCUUACAUGCUAACUGACAUGACUACUGCUAAUACAGCCCUGUCCUCACACCUACAGUUAGCUGGCAUGCUACAGGUUUGUAGCUGACACAACUCGCUUAGACAGCAGCUAACAUGCUAACACCUCAGACUGAGCCUUAGUCGAACCCCUUUAGCAUGUGUUAGCAUGUUAGUUGGACUAAAGGUGAGUGCUCAGCAGCCCUCCAGUGAUAUGAACCAAUUAGUGAAUGAAGGGAGUGAUGUCAUUAUGGUAAUGAACCCCCCCCCCCCCCCAAUCCAUAUGUUCCCUGGUCCGUCCUUCAAAACACCCCCCCUCAUCCCAGCAGCUGGACGUCCUCCUUGAUAUGGCUUCCUCAAUAGACUUCCUGGUACGACUGUAAACUGAGUCCUGACAGAACAAUCUGAUGAGUCCGAGGAACCUCGUCUGCUCUGAGCUGUGAUGAGGAGCACGGGUCAUGUGACCAAUGGAGGCAGCUGAAUACUAGAGGGUUCCCUAAAGUUUGCUCGUCACAGAAAUUCCAAUCUCUGAGCGUUCAAUCGUUUUGAUCAUGUAGAAACCUGCACUGUUAUGUAUCUUUACUAUAUAUUUAUAUACACACCACUGCUUGUAUAUGAAAUUAUACAGCUCCCAUUGAAGAGCAGCUCAUCGUCUCAGAGACAACUUGGAACACGACACACUCAAACAUCUGGAUGUUGUUGUAAAUCAGAGUCCUUCACCUUGAACAUCUGGACCAUCGUAGAACCCAGCGAGCCCUCGGGGCUCCCGGUACUUAUUCCUCAAUAUUGUCAUUUAACUUUGAACUUCCUGACGUGUGCUCGAACACGGAUCAACCAGAUCUCCACACACGAUAGAAACCACGUCAUGGAUCGCAGACUGAUCUGACGACCAUCAGUGUUCAAACUAAGUGAAGGAUUAUCUUCGCUGCCUCCACUGGUCACGUGACCCUUGUCCCACCUGUCGUAGCGGUGUCCUGAAGACUGUUGUCUGAUCGUCCUCAUGUACGUGACUAUGAUUCAACACUGAGAUCCGGUUCCUGAUGUCUGAUGUUCCACCUGUCCCCUGACCGGCUCUACAGGAAAGAUGUCCAAUCACACUGUUCAUUCUAAAGUCUUAAAAGUUUUAUUGAUCCUGUGAAAAAAAGUUGUAGAUGUGUCAAACCUACGAUAACGGAAUGAAAAAGUGUUUAAAGUUCUGGAGGUCAAACAACUGAAACAUCAUUAUGCAUCAGUGUUAACAAUUAAUUACAUAACAUAAGUCUGAAUAAGAGACUGGAGGAGGAAGGGAUCAUGUGACUCCCUCCUCAGACUGAAGCCAAACGUCUAUUUAUGAUCUUUGUUACAGUUUUUGGUACUCGGCUCUCAGCUGACCUUGUGUGACUGUGUAUAUUUAUUAUUAAUAAUAUGACUGUGGUUAUUGUGUUAAGUUGCUGUUGUGUAGCUGUUUUUUCUGACCUGCAUGAUUCAGGUGGUUUGGUGUUAGUUUUUCUUUGAGUCUGUAAAAUUAAAAACUUUAACUGAACUAAAGGAUUAAAGGUUCACAUCAAG